CUCUCUCUCUCUCUCUCUCUCUCUCUCUCUCUCUGUCUCUGUCGCUCACUCUCUGCACGUUCAUCUCGAGUCCUGACCCAGGCAGUGCCUCUGACUUUCUCCGCAUCAUCGACCCAAUGAAGGAGCCCGACGCCAUCAAACUCUUCAUCGGGCAAAUCCCACGCAAUCUGGAGGAGAAGGACCUGAAGCCCAUCUUUGAGCAGUUCGGCAAGAUCUACGAGCUGACUGUGAUCAAGGACAAGUACACGGGCAUGCACAAAGGAUGUGCCUUUCUGACGUAUUGUGCACGGGAGUCAGCCGUUAAAGCACAAAGUGCUCUUCAUGAACAGAAAACCCUGCCAGGGAUGAAUCGGCCAAUUCAAGUGAAGCCUGCGGACAGUGAGGGGAAAGGAGAGGACCGGAAGCUGUUUGUGGGGAUGUUGGGAAAGCAACAGUCUGAUGAGGACGUGAAGAAGAUGUUUGAACCGUUCGGCAGCAUCGAUGAGUGCACCGUGCUGAGAGGACCUGACGGCACCAGCAAAGGUUGUGCGUUUGUGAAGUACCAGAGUCACACUGAGGCCCAGUCUGCCAUUAACAGUCUGCACGGGAGCCGGACUCUGCCUGGCGCCUCCUCCAGUCUGGUGGUGAAGUUUGCAGACACAGAGAAAGAGCGAGGUGUUCGGCGUAUGCAGCAGGUCGCCUCACAGCUCGGCGUCUUCAGUCCAGUGACGCUCAACUUUAAUGCUUAUAAUGCCUACACACAAGCACUGGUUCAGCAACAGGCUCUGGCGGCACAGUCCGCCUACUUGUCACCCGUUGCCACAGUUGCAGGGUUGCAGAUGCAGCACAUGGCAGCUCUCAAUGCAAACGGCAUCCUCACCCCACUCACACCCUCUUCUGGUGCAAACACUCCUCCCACUAUUACGGCAACACCUUUGUCGGCUCUGCCUCCACCAAUGGGAGUGAACGGCUAUAGUCAAAUCCCGGCAACCGCCAAUGGACAGCCAGCAUUGGAAAUCUACACCAAUGGUGUUCAUCCAUAUCAAGCCCAGAGUCCAGCUCUUCAGUUAGAUCCGCUCCAGCAGGCGUACGCAGGCAUGCAGCAUUACACAGCAGCCUAUCCGACUGCGUAUGGAUUGGUCAGCCAGCCGUUUCUACAGCAACCCACCAUGGUUGCCCAGCAACAAACCCAGCAACAGAGAGAAGGUCCUGAGGGGUGUAACAUCUUCAUUUACCAUUUACCUCAAGAGUUCACUGACUCUGAAAUGCUCCAGAUGUUUCUACCAUUCGGUAACGUCAUUUCUGCAAAAGUUUUUGUCGAUCGAGCCACCAAUCAAAGCAAAUGCUUCGGCUUUGUGAGCUUUGAUAACCCAGCGAGUGCUCAGACGGCCAUCCAGGCCAUGAACGGAUUUCAGAUCGGCAUGAAAAGACUCAAAGUGCAGCUGAAACGGCCAAAAGAUGCCAACAGACCCUACUGAGACUGAGACUGGAUGGAGAUCAUUGAAGCAUUCACGUAGCAGACAGGCGCCAGGUGUUGAGCUGCACAGGUUAAAUUGCUAACGUGAGAUGUUUGUUAUCUUGCACACACAGACACACAUGUGUGAAUAUGCAAAGGACAAAUAAAAAAAUCAUGUACAUAAAUGACACACGCAUUCAAACACACAAGCACACACAGUUACAGAAAGAUGUCAAUAGUAUUAACACAAAAAAACACGCUACUUCCUAUGGACCUUCUUAGCUCUACAAAUAAAAAAGUAUCAUUUUUCAUACAAAACAAAAAAAAUAUAUAUGUUAAAAAAUAAAAGAGAGAAGACCAGCCGCAGUAAAUGACCAUAAUCAGGUUUAAAUAAUUAAGCUUAAAAUUAUCUAUUUAAAAAAGAAAAUAAGAAUAGUUUGCAUUAAAGCAAUGAUGAUAGUUACAGUAUUAUGAUUAUGAUUAUUAUUGUUAGAAGAAAAAAAAAACAUCGUAAGAUUUCUACUUUUUCAUUAUAAAUGGGACAUAAGGGGACUUAUGGGCAAGUUUUAAUAUUUUAUCUUUUUAUUUAUCAAUUUAUUCAUGUUUGG